AUGCAACAUCCUGACUAUGGCCAUGCCAAUCAGCAAGGCGAAUCACCCGUGCCGUCUCCUUCGCAUCGCAGAAAGCAGCCGUCGUCUUCCUACGUGUCGACCCUCAGUCACGCUCUCAACAUCACGACGCCAACCUCUCUACGCAAGAAAACGUUAGCUAGCCCUGCGGCGUCACAUGCCGCCCCUGCAAGCCAACGCCAGCCGGCGGCAGCAUCACAUCCAAGCACAUCGGCAAAAGACCACGCCCUGCGAACGCCCACGCGCCAUCCAGCUCCUCCGCAGCUUCUCUCCCUCUCAGGGCACGAGGCUUUCAGCUCACCCGGCACUCCUGCGUCGCCAUGGUCGACGUUUCCUGUGCGCGAGUCUGUCUUGGGCCAGGACGACGCAACGCCCCACUCGAACAGCCGACAACAGUAUCGAACCCUAUCGCGGGAUCAGGAGUGGCUUAUGUCAGGUUCUUCAUCACAGAGGACUUUUGACAUGUUUGCCAGCGGUCCGCAGCCGAGGCCGAUGCCCAUCUCCCACGCUUCUCAUCCUGUCGGCAGCAUGCCGAACACGGCCUCGGAGCUUGGCAGCGAAGCAGAUGGCUUGAAGCUCCCGUCCGCCAGUACAGUGGGUGGCGCUGUCCCAACUAUUGCUUCGGGUGCCUUCCGAUCCUAUCGAGAACAGCCGUCGGGUGAUCAACGCGUUCAAGGAAGCGGACCAGCCUUGCUCCCUGAUCCGAUCGCAAGCGCGUCCGUGCUCAGCCCGACUUCGAAUGCUUCCUUGUCACCAACGCCGGCCAUGUCGGCAUUUCCGAUCGGCUUCAACGACGCUUCGUUCCUCAGCUCCAUCUUUCAACAGGAAACACCGAGCCUGUCCACGCACCUUCUGCCCAGCGGUGAUCUAACCGACCAGCUCGGUCCACAGACGAUGCACGACCCAGUCUCCCAUCCGCCUCCGUUCGAUCCAGCUAAGCAACACGCCCGUUCUCUGGGACAGCGGACGACUGUCAGCGAUUCACCAGCAGCCUCAAACACACAGAGAGACUCGAUCGGCUUGGUGCCUCGGCAGCCUUCGGCCGCAUCCGCCUCGUCCGUAUAUCUGCACUCUCCUUCGACUCUGGCAACAAGCAGCUACUCGGCUUCCACUGGUGGGCGAGAGACUGCCCAAGUGGCCGGCGCCGAAUCGCAGUUUCACAUGUAUGAAGAACGUGCCUUCCUUCUCCCGGUAAACUCUGGUGGCGGACAAGACGGUGGCAGCAAAGCAGUCGAGGAAGAAGCGCUAUCUGGCCUCGGGCUCAACCUGGACGUUUCGAGCCCAACAGCACACGGCAAGGCGAGGCGCAUUCCAUCAGCCCCGUCUGGCUUCAUGCUCGUCGACGAGAUGGGCCGAUGGCUUCUGGGCUCGAAUGAUCCUUUGGCUUCAGCUCAUUCUUACAAUGAUUCCGGCGCUUUGCAUCACCGCGCGGGUCGAUGGCAUCAGAACGAGGCUUCGAGCGCAUCCUUGGGUGCAACGACCGAAGCCAGCUUCACCUCGACCAGCAACUCAUCUACUUGGGACACCUCCUUCAACGACCUGCACAGCUCCAUCAGCGGUGCCCACUCAGCCACCGCCAGCAAUCAAUUGACUACAACCCCGGCCUCCUCCAUCGGUCUAAGUCAGAGUCAGUCCCGCGGCACGGAAAAGCCGGCCUCGAUGGAUCCCGAAGCCAUGGGGGCGCUGCGACCAGGUGCAAUACCCGAAGUUGCGAUGCACGAUUUCAGCGAAUUUGGACAGUCCGUCUCGAUCGAGCAGAUGGCCGAGGAACGCUGGCGGACGUGGCCCAGAAGUCGCGAUAGCGUCGUGCUUCAAAACCGAGCGUCCACCUCUGCGCUUCCUGCCACCCAAGAGCCGAUGGUGGCAGCGACCCCACCCCGGGCGGAUGAUCGGACUUCGUUCGAGUCGCUGUCCGUGUCGUCGUCCUCGACACGAUCCAGGCUGAUGGCGGAGCCAUACAACAAGAAUAUGCGAUCGGGCAGACCCAGCAGCAGUGCCAGCACAAGCAGCCGCAGCUCCGUCGGCAACCUGGCUGCAAAUGAAGCUCAGGUAUCGAGUGGUACCACGGGUCCCACCCGCCCACGCUCCCACAUUGCAUCAGGAUCACUUCGCAUGUCGACCGCCGGCAGGACCGGAUCGAGCGGCGGAUUGAACGUGGACGGCGGCUUCAAUCCUACCGAGCGAGUCUCUGGCACGGCACUUGCGCUUCGACGUGCGCGAGGAAUGUCGCAGGCUAGCAUGUCACCUUCCAGCACGGGCGCCAGCUCCAUGAAGCUGACGAGAUCGAGUGACGCCAUCCUUCCUCCUAACAGCGCUGCUUCGUCCGCGGUUAAAGCGCGACAUAGCAUUGCGCUGCAGAGAAACGCGAAGAGCAGCGAGGGCGCCUCCCUCGUCACACGAAGGCCGCAAUCGGUGCUCGAAACCUCGGCCGACCUUGAGUCGCUGCGGCGACUGGCGACUGCGCCGAAUCAAGCUCGGGGCAAGGUUGGCUUCAAUGAAGUCUCGGUAGCGUUAGACACGCUUCGAAUGUUCUUCACGCAGAAGCCGCAAGACGACUCCGUCAAGCCGAAGGAGCCCGUAGCUGACGAGGAGAGUCAGCCUGUUGCCACAGAUGGUAACGAUGCUGGAUCGCCUUCGAAGCCUGGCCGUACGCUGCGUCGAACGAAGGGGAUCUUGCCGCCCCGCGGCGUCUUCGCUUCUGUGGACGAGUUCGGGACACUUCAGACACCUGCCGCUUCGACUAUGCAUGGCGACAGAGGAAACUCGACGUCCAUCCUGCGACCCGGGCACGGGCGCAGCCAGAGCGUCGGGGGCGGCCGGAUGACACUCCAGACAAGGCCGGGCCCGAGUUUCGGCAGGCAGGACGACCGGAUGGCUGUGCUCGAAGAUCUAUCGGAGCGCGUCUUGAGGCUUCAAGCCGAGAGCGAACGUCAGAGGGAACGACAGGCAGCCGCCACCAUGCCACCGCCACCUGCUCGACCCGCCUCGAUGAUGGCUCAGCAGCAGCAGAGUCCCGAGUAUGCGACGACCUUCGAGCCCGGAGGACUCGAAGGCAGAGAAUCGCAGCUGUGGCAGGCGGUAGUAAAGGACACUGUCAGCAGGAGUGCAGCUCGGAUGGUCGGAUGUGGGGCGGCGGUGCAGCUGCGUAUCGCUCGAACCCUGUUGGUGCCGCACGAGCCACCGCGCCCUGUCGACAACUCUAUAGCAGCCACACACAUCCUUUCCCCCUUCAUCUUCCUACCAUCCCUUUCCCACCCGUCGACUAAGAAGAUGAGUGCAGCAAGCUCGAGCGUGUCGGCCGACGUAGCGUACCUGCGCACGCUUCCCGCUGUUCGCGAGCGGUGCUACAAGAUCUUUGGCGAAGCCGCGGCGCAGGGUUCGCUCGAGUACUUCCGCUACGACGCCUCGCGCGAAGAGGCAGUGGCAGAUUACUGCAUCGACAUCAUUGCGCGCGACUACGGUACGGACUAUGCGUCCAUCCCGCCUCACGGGCGGUGGCGACACUUUGACGUGGGCAACAUCCCGCGCGUGACGACUUUGCUCUCGUCGUGGGCUGCGCUUUCCACGCCCACCUCUACGCCGGCAGUGGAUGCGACCGAGGCAGCACGCCGGCUGGUGGACCUGUUUAUGGUUUCGGUGCUGCUCGACGCGGGUGCCGGCACCAAGUGGACGUACGAGGAGAAGAAGACCGGUCUCUCCUACGGUCGAUCCGAGGGUCUGGCCGUGGCUAGUCUCGACAUGUUUACCGCCGGUCGCUUCUGCGCCGAGUCCGACUCGAGCGCCGGUCCGGGUGGGAACCACAAAGCUACUGCGGCAGGGCUACAGAAUCUGUCGUCCGAUAUGCUGGCGAUCGACAUGCAGGUGCAUCCCGACACCAACCCCAUGACGGGUCUCGAAGGACGUGCCGCCCUCCUCAGCAAACUCGGCCAGGCGCUCGAGUCGGACGUGCAUGGAUUCUUCCGUGGACCGUCUGGCGCUGCACCCUCGCAGCGACGACCUGGAUUCUUGGUGGACUACCUCGCCACGCACCCUACGACGUGCACCGUGGACGGCAAGGUGGCAGUGAGCCUUUUUGUGCUGUGGGAGGUGCUCAUGUACGGGCUGGCGCCCAUCUGGCCUGCUUCGCGCACGCACCUCGACGGCGUUGCCAUGGGCGAUGUGUGGCCCAACGCCACGCUGGCUCGUCUCUCCUCUGCUGCCGCCGAUAGCGCCGGAGCGAUGGUGCCGUUCCACAAGCUGAGCCAGUGGAUGUGCUAUUCGCUGCAGGAAGCCAUGACCGCCACGCUUGGCUGGACGUUCGCCGACGCAGAGCACGGCACCGGUCUGCCAGAGUACCGUAACGGCGGACUGUUUGUCGAUCUGGGCGUGCUCGUGCCCAAACAGACGCUGCUCGAUGCCUCGCUGGACAAGGGCGAGGUUCCGGCCAUUCCGGCUGAACAUCCGGCGGUGGUAGAGUGGAGAGCGCUCACGGUGGUGCUGCUCGACCGAACCGCCGAGAAGAUCCGCGAGAAACUCGGGCUGAAACCCGAGCAGCUGAACCUCAAGCAGGUGCUCGAGGCGGCAACCUGGAAGGGAGGCCGCCAAAUCGCAGCUGAAAAGAGACCCGACACCAAAGGUCCGCCCAUCAACGUCAUUUCCGACGGCACUGUCUUCUAA